CUCGCCAUCAGACUUGAACGGUACAUCAUACUCUCUCCUCAACAAUCCGGGACUACGAUGCGGGCUUUUUCAUUCCUCGCUCUCAGCAUAAAUGCCUUGGCAUGGGCGACGAACGCCGCUGAUCCUCCAUCUUGCGAGGGUACUACUUCAACUUCCUCGGCACCCUACUGCCCACCGCGUCCAGCCACACCCGAGGAGCAAAGGGCGAUCCUCGGAGAGUUCAUGGAGGCUUUCUACGAAGAACGAAACGCCACGAAGGCCCUUCUCAACCACGUCGCCGAGGAUUACAUCCAGCACAACCCCAACGCGCUCUCCGGCCGCCAGAACACGCUCAACGUCCUGGCGCCCUUCGUCUCCCCGAGCUCGGUCAACAACACAAUUAUUCACACGGCCCUGGAGAACAACACCGCUUACAUUCACUACCGCAUGGACUUGGCGGGGGGAGGCGAGCCUUUUGCGGUCGUGGAUGUGUUCAGGUUCGACGGUACUUGCAUCAUGGAGCACUGGGAUGUGGCGCAGCAACGCCCAGCCAAUGCCACCAACCCGAUCGCAAUGUUCUAGGUAAAGCUCGACAGUUGAUGAAAAACAAAUACACACAUGUGGAUUUUGCCGUAAACUACAUCGUUCCUCAAUGACAGUUUUCUUGCCUUAUCUUAAGGGCUCCUUGCAUCCCCUGGAGUAUCAGAGAAUGUGGAGAAACCC